CCGAAACUUCAUAACUCGUUGCAGUGGCUUGCAUCUGCACUGGAGAGCUUCACCAUCAUAUAUAUCUCAACUCUGGAUUAGAGCUCCAGCCCGAGAUAUAUACGACUACACGCUCUUCGUAGCCGGUAUGGCGUCUCUAACCCGGACCUUCGCGCGACCGUCCGCUUCAACGAGUGUCCCUCUCUUUCUCGCUCCCGCUUUCGCGCGACCUCUGGAGGUGCUAGCAACACAGUCGAGAUCUUUCGCGGCGCCGCGGUUGAACCGCAAACCCAAGCAGGACAAGAACAAGCAGCGCGGUGUGUCAGCGAUCCGCCGAACUGGGCCCAGGUCGACUCGGGGCUUAUGGCAGCAUCCUCUGCCCGUGCCUGUUGCACGGGACCAUACAGGCACUGCGCCGGACUAUUCAGGCUCGGAAGGUCAUGGGCUUUGGGGGUUCUUCAAUAAAAAGAGGGAACCAAUGGUCCCACCGGAGGAAGAAUCCAACCAUGGCCGAGCGUGGACUUACCAGGAACUCUCCGUAAAAUCCUUUGACGACUUACACAAGCUUUAUUGGGUCUGUAUCAAGGAGCAAAAUCGUACUUUGACUGCAGAAAAGGAGAGACGCCGUGUCCGAGCGGGUUAUGGUGGUCUGGAAAGCGAUGAGAGAGUGGAAGCUAUCCGCGAGACGAUGACUUUGAUUCGCGAAGUCCUUGCCGAUCGACAGCUUUCUUAUGAGCAGGCCCAAUUACUGAUCCGUCAACGGCCUGUGAAGGAAUUGUUGGAAGGUCCAGAGUCCCUCGACGAGGACACUUCCGCUUUUGAACAGCUUCCGUCGUCGGAUGCUGAACAGAGUCCUCAAGCGCGGCCGGGAACUGCUUCAUAGGACCGUGACUCCACAGUGACCCGACUCUGCUUCAGCGACCCAAUUCAGAACCGUGGACAAUACCCACGAUUGAAUUCGGCCUCAAGAUUUCAUCAGAACACUCUUCGUACACUCGAGAAUACGUUUUUCACCUCGUUGUCCAGCUCCUCCGCCAGGUCAACACUAUUCUCAAUUCUUCUAUCGACAAACGACAAUCCAUCAAGUCAGGCGUCAGGAUCGUGGACUCAGGUUCACCUGACAAGAGUGGUAACACUUUCAACGCGGUCGCCAGCAUCAACAAUCGUGUUCCAAUCCACGCUUCCAAACCCAAGAACCAGGGCAUGCGCUUUCACCACAGUUGGUCAGAGCCAGAUUGGGUGCCCUUCAAGGAGCAUCCCGAACAAUGCCUAGUUGAUUCUGGUUCAAGGAUUGAAGAUCAAAACGACGCCUUCCCAGUGACAAAGUUCCCACGGCGUAGGGGAGACGGCUUACAAACCACAACUUGUCUCUCACCCGGGACAGUCCGGCUCUAUAUAACAGACCCCUGGGCGAAGUUCUCCGGCAGACGGUUGUAUGACAAUAUUCGACCCACCGGCCCAGUAUUCACUCGGUGAGAAGGAUAUCAGCCCCAAUCGGCCACUGCAUCGUUCUUUGAAGGCGUGGAUGGAAGCCUGCCGGGACCUGAUAAGGGUCGCAGGACGUUUAGAGAUCUACGAGACGCCGAAGGUAUGGAGCAGAAGGUCACAACCGCCUGCUCGGAUGUGUGAAUAUAUUAUACUUUUUGUCUGGCAAUGCACACGGCGCAGCUGUAUCUGGAUGAUACAGGCCGCUCUAUUUUCGAUCAUUGCCUCUAGACAUGGGUGUAGCGCUUUUCGGAACAACCAAGCUAGAAAGAUCCUGCUAUACAAUUUAAGCUACAGAUACUACUGAGUUACCGAGUAAACAUUGUCGAACAAGUGGGAAGGCGAGGCUUUCUGACAAGAGUGACAUUAAUCCUAGAUGGCAGCAACGACGCAGUUUCCGAGACAGCCGUCCAGUUCGCAGACACUCUUACGCGUCUUGCUUCACUUGUGAUAGGCAGUCAUCUCGGAUAGAGGCGUCUCAUAUUCACAGGGCGUGGUCAUCAUCCUUCCCGGUGCCAGCCGUCUCCAAUCAUUCAUCGGCUGCUGUAGGAUGGUGAAUGUCCGUUG